AUUUCCUCACCUCUCCUCCUAUCCUUACUCACCGAAACCGCCCCUUAUCCUAACUUCGACCGAACGGUUCCUCCACCGCCGUACCGAUCCGACUAGCGCAGCAGCAGCCAUGGCGACCGCGGGCUCUCCGAGCAGCGCCUUCUCGUCCUCGCCCCCGGGCAGCGGGGACGCGGUCGCGCGCGCGAAGAGGGAUUCCUUCGGCGCCGGCGAGGUCUCCGCGGCCGACCACGGCGCCGACACCGAGCUUAGGCGCCUCCUCAGCACCCGCCACCUGACCAUGAUCGCGCUCGGCUCCAGCAUCGGCAUGGGCCUGUGGCUCGGCAGCGGCCUCUCGCUCGCCAGCGGCGGCCCCGCCGGCAUCUUCCUCGGCUACUGCCUCGCCGGCUCCAUGAUCUGGUGCGUCAGCCAUUCCAUCGGCGAGAUGGCCUGCGCGUACCCGCUCCCCUCGGCCUUCGUGCAAUGGACAGGCAAGUUCGUCGACCGCUCUGCCGCCUUCGCGCUCGGGUGGUCCUACUGGUUCUCGUAUUGCAUCUCCAUCGCGAACGAGCUGCAGUCGGCCAACACGGUGAUCCGGUUCUGGACGUCGGCGGUGCCGAUCGCGGCGUGGAUCUCGAUCUGGCUGGCGGUGAUCGUGCUGAUCAACGUCGGGGCCGUGUCUGUGUUCGGCGAGAUCGAGGUCGUCGCCAGCACCAUCAAGUUCAGCUGGAUCUUCGUCGUCAUCGUCUCCAUGAUCGUCAUGUCCGCCGGCGGCGCCGCCUACGGUCCCGUCGGCUUCCGCUACUGGAACGAGACCCCCUUCACCCACGGCUUCAAGGGCUUCCUCUCCGUCCUCCCCACCUGCAUCUUCGCCAUGGCCGGCUCCGAGAACUCCGGCCUCGUCGCCGCCGAGACCGCCAACCCCCGCCGCGCCGUCCCCCGCGCCGUCGGCUCCAUCUGGCUCCGCCUCGCCCUCUUCUACCUCGUCGGCUCCCUCAUGGUCACCAUCAACGUCUCCCCCUUCAACCCCGACCUCUUCGGCGGCGACGGCACCAACUCCUCCCCCUUCGUCAUCGCCUACCGCGACGCCGGCAUCCCCGUCCUCGCCCACAUGAUGAACGCCGUCAUCCUCAUCUCCGUCAUCUCGACCGGCUCCAUCUCCGGCUACGGCGGCUCCCGCACCACCAUGGGCCUCUCGUACCUCGGCAUGGCGCCGAAGCGCUUCCAGCGCGCCGACCGCACCGGCCGCCCCUGGUACGGCCUCGUGCCGACCUUCGUGCUCGGCGGCGGCCUCGCCUACCUCAACGUCAGCGAGUCGGGCGCCGACGUCUUCGGCUGGUUCUCCAACCUGACCUCGCUCUUCACCCUCUUCGGCUGGGGCAUGAUCUGCCUGUCGCACCUCCGCUUCCGCCGCGCCUGGGCGCUCCGGGGCCGCACCCCCGCCGAGCUGCCCUGGAGGUCCUGGAUCUACCCCUUGGGCCCCUGGUGGGGGCUCACCAUGUGCAUCCUGCUCAUCAUCGUCCAGUUCUACCUGUCCGUCUGGCCGCUCGGCAGCCCCCCGAGCGCCGAGAACUUCUUUGCCAAUUACAUAUCCGUCAUCGUUAUCGUCGUCCUCUGGCUUGGUGCCCGCGUCUACUACCGCGGCCCCUGGUGGGUCGACCUCGACACCGUGCAACUAGAUGAGGGCCGCCGGUUCUACGGAGAGGACGUCGAGAAGAGGCCGGCGACCGGCGUAAAGGGGCGCGCAAAGAGGAUCGUCGGGGCCAUUUUCAACUAGGUGGAUGGCGUAUUCCUUGCAGUAUCGAUAUUCAUUAGACAGUAACUGUAUAGACUAUGGAAUAUUUUCAUGUUUUUCCCUCGUCUGUGUGAUCUCAU